UUCUACAUCUGUCUGUCAUUACAUUUAUGUUCGUAUAGUGGAAGGUGGCCGGCGUGUGCUUUCUGAAGUAAAAACUUUCUUACACCGAGAACCGUACAAGAACACGACUUAUUUGACCUUGACCACGGAGCAGGGAAACCAGCUGACAAUGACAGGAAACCACCUUCUCUUCGCUUCAACAAACAACCAAUCAACUGGCAUGGAAGCUAGAUCUGCGAGUUCUGUGAAAAGAGGAGAUUACAUUUUUUCCACAAAAUCGUGUCCACGUGGUCUCUGCCCUGAGCGAGUUGUCCAAAUCUCUUUCUCAACAAAACAAGGUCUGUACGUUCCAGUGACGGACGCAGGGACUCUAGUGGUGGACGGAUUGUUUGCGUCGUGUUAUUCUUUCAUACAACACGACCUCGCUCACCUCCUCACGGUAUUCUUCUGCUGGUUUCCAUGGAUACUGGAACCAUGGCAGCAAGAUGGUUUUAGUCCAAUUCUGUCAAGUCUGCAAUAUUUGGGAACUGUAAUUCUACCCAAAAGUGUCCUUAGACUAGGCUAAAUGUUUGGUUCCACUCAAGGCCGGAUCGAAGGAUAAACAUAAUUAAAAAGUG